CGAUAUAAAGCGUUCACAUUAAUUGUCGAGUUCAUUCCAACGCUAGUUCUUGAUACAUCUGAUAAGGCAGGAAACAUUCUGGGUCAUGUUAAGUGAAUUCCUGACGUGGAUCGGGACGACUCUGGGGCCAGCGGGGUCGUGCCUGCUCGCCCUGGUCGUCCUCCUGCUCAUCUUCACUCCCGGUGGUCGCCCAAAAAACUACCCACCAGGCCUACCGGUACUUCCCGUGCUGGGCUCCCUUCCGUUCACGAGGGGGACAGUCACGAGGGCUUUGCUCAGCUCCCUGAGGAGGAAGUACGGAGAUCUGGCUAGCUUCAGCAUCUUCAACCACAGGGUUGUUUUGGUCAGCAACUUGAAAACUAUUAAGGAAGUGUUCUCGCAGCAUAAGGCAGCAGGGCGCCCUUCGUUGUUUAUCCUUAACAUCAGAAACCAAUUGCUUACAGAGGGGAAACACCCAUCUCUUGGGAUUCUUGGGUCGUCGGGAGAGCUGUGGCAGGAGCAGAGGCGCUUCGUCCUGCGCCACCUGAGGGACCUGGGCUUCGGCAAGACCAGCCUGGAGCCGCUCAUGAUCCUCGAAGUCAAGGAGCUGAUGGACCACAUCGCGCUGCAGAGAGAAAAGCCCAUUGUCAUGCAGCGCUUCUUCAACCGAUCCAUCCUGAACGUGAUCUGGGCGAUGGUGAUGGGCAAGAGGUACUCCUACGACGACGCCAGACUGGCCACCCUCCUGAAGACGUUCAUCGGCCCGGGCGACAUCAACUUCCUCUCUCCUCUCCACUUCAUCCCCGGAGUGCUCAAGUUCGCUCCUUACUUGCCCUUCCUGGAGAAUCAAGUUAAGCCGUUUAGGAACAUUGCCAACUUCGUCAAGAAUGAGCUGAAGGAAUUCAGGAACAGCGAACGAGCGAAGACGAGCGAUUGUCUGACGGCUCUGUAUCUGCGAGAAAUCGAGGAGCACGAAGGCGAAUCUUCCUACUUCCACUUGGAUCAGCUAAUAUGUGUGAUUUUCGAAAUGUUUGUUGCGGGAAGUGAGACCACGUCAAGCACACUGACCACGGCGGUGUACUUGCUCGCAAAACACCCGGAGGUUCAGAAAUGCCUCCAAGAAGAACUGGACAGGGUGGUGGACCGAGACCAGCUGCCGUCCUUCUCCCAGAUGGACCAGUGA